AGUGGUUGGUGUGUUGUGUGCUUUCUAGUAUUGACGCUGGUUCAAAUCUCAUCUUUUAUCACCUUUUUCCCAAGUUUUUAUCUUGCAUACUUCCAUUGAUUCCACCUCCAACCCUUUUCCCUCUCCCGUUUUCCUCUUUUCUCACACAUAGAGGGGAGGCCGACCAUGGCGGUGCGAGGCGGAGCAAUGAUGUAAUCGAUAAAUUCCUCCACGAUUGUUCAUCUCCUCACCGUCAUGAACUCUCUCAGCCACUUCUCCUCCGGCCAUUCUUGGUUUUUGGCGUCUUUUCUUUUUUGAUUGAGUUGUGGCGCCGAAGGUGGGAGUGAUGGUGAAGGCGAACGGUGGUGGUGGUUGGACGAUUGGCGGCGGCGGAGGAGGGAAUGGUGGUGAAGGUUGAAGUUUAGUAUAUAUAAAAAUCUUCUUCUAUUUUCAACAUGUUUCACAAUCUUUAGGUACUGGGUCAAGUUCCUUUUGCUCAAUUUCCUGUUUUUGCAUAGUUUUUGCGUGUUUUUUUUAUAGUUUUUGUGGGUUUGUGUUAUUUGCACACCAGGUGUUUGUGUAAAUGCCUGAAAGAACCAUUUGUUGUAAUUAGUCGUUUUUUCUUGAGUAUUUCUUUCUGGGAUAGAUGGGAAAGGUAUGUGUACGAUCAUGCAACUCGAAAGAUGGAUUCUUUCAAUCUAUGUGAUACUGGUGGUCUGGGUCACCCGAUUUGAUUUGAUACAAAAACAAAGAGUUUAACAAGGAUCAUAAAUCACCCACCCCUGUUCAAAACACACCUCCACGGUUAGUGAUCAUAGCGAAAAACGACACUAAACCGUCGUCUCAGACUGUAGUCGAUUUUCAAGAAGCGUACCAAGAUGUUAAACAGUCUGAAAACAUUGUGGUUGUGAAACAAGAGAGUAAAUUGUCGCAGCAUGUUAAAAAGCCGUAUAACGUGAAGAGAAUGUUAAGUGCAGGGUUACAAGCUGAUUCCGUCUUGAAAACCAAAACCGGACAUUUAAAAGAGUACUACAACUUAGGUCCGAAACUGGGUCAUGGUCAAUUCGGUACAACUUUUCUUUGCAUUGAGAAAACUACAGGAAAACGCUUCGCGUGCAAAUCAAUCGCUAGGCGGAAAUUACUCAUCGAAGAAGAUGUAGAAGAUGUGAGAUGGGAAAUUGAGAUCAUGCAUCAUUUAUCUGGACACCCUAAUGUGGUGUCGAUUCAAGGAGCGUAUGAAGAUUCGGUUGCGGUUCAUUUGGUUAUGGAACUAUGUGGUGGAGGUGAACUGUUUGAUAGAAUUGCCCAAAAGGGUCAUUAUUCGGAACGAAAAGCGGCUGAUCUUAUUAGAAAGAUUGUUGGUGUGAUUGAAGCGUGUCAUUCUUUAGGUGUUAUGCAUCGUGAUCUUAAACCGGAGAAUUUUUUUUUCGUAGAUGAAGAUGAAGAUUCGCCGCUUAAGACUAUAGAUUUUGGGCUAUCCGUUUUCUUUAAACCAGGGUCUCGAAGACACUGAUUAUGUAAGGAACCACGACUUCGCUCCACCACCGAACGUCACCACAGCUGCAGCCUGCAGUCGUCGGAUGCUAACAAAGUCAAGUAACUUGUACCCAAAAUCCGAAGCUGGUACAACAACCUUUUGUUUUGUAUGAGAUGUUCACAGAAAGUAUAUUUGAAGUGGGUUAGAUUCAGCACCAUGAGGAUGCACAUGUCAUUUCACUUUUUUGUUAAUGAACAUCUGGCCAUAUUGACCAGUUGGCCUGAACAUGCAUUGUUAUUUUUUUUUUUGUUGUGCAUAGAUUGAAUUCACAAGGUCUCUUGAUUCAGUUUAGUUAACUCAAUGGCUGCUACUUCAGAAGCCAUCCUUCAAGUGU